GCCCGCUUGGCUGGGUGAAUGUUAUCCCCGGGGGUGGAAGGUUCCAAUUCAGCUGACCUCUGCUUGGGCGCUCAGCGGUGCGAAGCGCCUUCUCCCUUGGGCGCGAGGGCAGCAGCGGCAACAGCAGAGACGUGACCUGGACUGGACUGGGCUCUCCUCUGCCGGGGCGGGAGCACUAAAGCGCCUCCCCUUCUGCGUCCUAUGAAAGUGAGGGCGGCAGAAUCUUAUGUAUGACAAGGAAAAAUGAACACUACGAUGAGUGAGGAACCUGAUGCAUUAUCCGUAGUUAACCAGCUGAGGGAUCUUGCAGCUGACCCUCUAAAUAGAAGAGCAAUUGUCCAGGAUCAAGGAUGUCUACCAGGCCUUAUUUUAUUUUUGGAUCAUCCCAACCCUCCAGUUGUCCACUCAGCACUACUUGCUCUCCGCUAUUUGGCGGAAUGUCGUGCCAACAGAGAAAAGAUGAAAAGUGAACUGGGUAUGAUGCUGAGCUUACAGACUGUUGUACAAAAGACCACGACACCAGGGGAGACGAAACUGUUAGCUUCUGAAAUCUACGAUAUUCUUCAGUCUUCCAGUAUGUCUGACAUGGACAAUGUAAACGAGAUGAAUUCUCGACGUCGGAAAGCUCAGUUUUUCCUCGGAAGUACAAAUAAACGUGCCAAAACGGUGGUUUUACACAUAGAUGGCCUUGAUGAUUCGUCUCGGAGAAACCUGUGUGAAGAGGCCUUGCUGAAAAUUAAAGGGGUCAUCAGCUUUACAUUUCAAAUGGCAGUUCAAAGAUGUGUAGUCCGAAUCAGAUCAGAUUUGAAAGCAGAGGCAUUGGCAACAGCAAUAGCAUCAACCAAAGUUAUGAAAGCUCAGCAAGUUGUGAAAAGUGAAAGUGGAGAAGAGAUGCUGGUUCCAUUCCAAGAUACCCCUGUAGAAGUGGAACAGAAUACCGACCUCCCUGAUUAUUUGCCAGAAGACGAAAGCCCUUCAAAGGAGCAAGACAAAGCAGUGUCCCGGGUUGGGUCGCAUCCAGAAGGUGCAGCCAGUUGGCUGAGCACGGCCGCAAACUUUCUCUCCAGAUCUUUCUAUUGGUGACUGUGAGUCGAGGCUAAAGGACUGUGUGAACCAAAAGGGGGACAGUUUUCCAUUGGUAUGGUGAACUGCCAAGUGCAUUUUGCAAUAAGUUAUCGCAAAAGAUUUUUAGACUACACAAAACAUGCUGUGUUUUACAUUUUAUUGGACAUCUGGCCUUUUAGGCCAGUCAGAAGGAUGGAGGCCUCAAAUGAAGGUUUGUUCAUUCCCUUGCCCUCCACCCCCUGUUCUCAUAUAUUUUAUUGCCUCUCUUUUUAAUAUGGGUCCAUGGUCAACCAAAUGUUUUUGUGUGUAUAAAGCGUUACUUUAAAAAUCACGAUAAAGACACAGAGCCCAUUCAGCACAAAUCUCAGGACAUCUGUGCAAGGAAAUAAUUAGCCUAAAUUUUGCAUAGAUCAAAAUGCCUUUUGUUUUUGUUUGGCCUUACUUCAGAUUAUGUAUAUAUCCCUCUGUAAUGUGGCUUCAGAGGGUAAAACCUGAUUUAUUUGCCAUUUAUUUUAUGUCCCCCCCCCCAACUUUGUUCAGAGCCAUCAUGUCCAUAUUCUUCUUGUUACAUUGCAAAGGGGAAUGCUUCAAACUUGAACUUUAUUGCCCUUGACGUGUUGCAUAUUUUAAACUGUCAGCCCUUAACCACUCUCAAUCUGGACUUUAGUAAUAAGUUGAGACAAAAAUGUAUGUGUGUGUAUUUAUACAGUAAAUAGCUGUAAGAAAAUGCUUGUAAUGAUGGCUGCGGUUUUCUGGAUAUGAUUCCGAAACCACUGAUUGUAAUUUAGGUUGGUUAAGAAGCUCUGGGAUAAAAAGUUUCAAUCUGCUCCGGUGAUACCUUGUUGCAGGUUGUGACUGCGGUACAAAGUGUGGCGAUGGCCUUAUUAAAAAAUCAUUUUCAUUUGAUAAUAAGAGCUGAGCAUAGCAGAGAGAGUG